GCUGGAAUUGAUUAGGCGAGCCCCGGCCGGGGGGAGGGCCGGGCCCCUUGAAACCGACUAAUUGGGAAUGAAGAGGGCUGGAGCUGCACAAAGGAGGGCCGGGCCGGAGGGAGAGGCUCGGGGAGCGCGGCCGGCUGCGGGGAGGGCGCCCAGUGCCCGGCUCGGGACGCGCUCGCGGUCGCUCAACUCCCGCCCGCAAACUUUUCCGCCGGCUCCGCGCCGGGAGGCCGCGCCCGGGGCCCGGGGAGCGCUCGCCGCGGCAGACACCAUGCGCCCCUCCAGCGUCCUGCACCGGCUCUGCUCGCUGCUGCUCUGGCUGAACUUGCUGGGCUCCUGCUGGGGCCAGUUCCACGGCGAGAAGGGCAUCUCCAUCCCGGACCACGGGUUCUGCCAGCCCAUCUCCAUCCCGCUGUGCACGGACAUCGCCUACAACCAGACCAUCAUGCCCAACCUGCUGGGCCACACCAACCAGGAGGAUGCGGGGCUGGAGGUGCACCAGUUCUACCCGCUGGUCAAGGUGCAGUGUUCGCCCGAGCUCAAGUUCUUCCUGUGCUCCAUGUACGCGCCCGUGUGCACGGUGCUGGAGCAGGCCAUCCCGCCCUGCCGCUCCAUCUGCGAGCGGGCCCGCCAGGGCUGCGAGGCCCUCAUGAACAAGUUCGGCUUCCAGUGGCCCGAGCGGCUGCGCUGCGAGCACUUCCCGCGCCACGGCGCUGAGCAGAUCUGUGUGGGCCAGAACCACUCGGAGGACGGGGGCUCCCCAGCCCUGCUUACGAGUGCCACGCCGCUGGCUGGCCAGGGCACCCCGGGGGCACCACGCUAUGCCACGCUGGACCACCCCUUCCAUUGCCCGCGGGCACUCAAGGUGCCCAGCUACCUCAACUACAAGUUCCUGGGUGAGAAGGACUGCGCCGCACCUUGCGAGCCGGCCCGUGGAGACGGCCACAUGUUUUUCAACCAGGAUGAGAUCCGCUUCGCUCGCAUCUGGAUCCUCAUCUGGUCCGUGUUGUGCUGUGCCUCCACCUUCUUCACCGUCACCACCUACCUGGUGGACAUGCAGCGCUUCCGCUACCCCGAGCGGCCCAUCAUCUUCCUCUCAGGCUGCUACACCAUGGUGUCAGUGGCCUACAUUGCAGGCUUCGUACUGGAGGAGCGGGUGGUCUGCAACGAGCGCUUCCAGGAUGAUGGCUACCGCACUGUGGUGCAGGGCACCAAGAAGGAGGGCUGCACCAUCCUCUUCAUGAUGCUGUACUUCUUCAGCAUGGCCAGCUCUAUCUGGUGGGUCAUCCUCUCCCUCACCUGGUUCCUGGCUGCCGGCAUGAAGUGGGGCCACGAGGCCAUUGAGGCCAACUCGCAGUACUUUCACCUGGCCGCCUGGGCCGUGCCAGCCGUCAAGACCAUCACCAUCCUUGCCAUGGGGCAGAUUGACGGUGACCUCUUGAGUGGUGUCUGCUUCGUGGGGCUCAACAACAUCGACCCGCUGCGUGGUUUUGUGCUGGCACCACUCUUUGUCUACCUGUUCAUUGGCACCUCCUUCCUGCUAGCUGGCUUCGUGUCGCUCUUCCGCAUCAGGACCAUCAUGAAGCACGGUGGCACCAAAACCGAGAAGCUGGAACGGCUGAUGGUGCGCAUCGGCGUGUUCAGCGUGCUCUACACUGUGCCUGCCACCAUCGUCAUUGCCUGCUACUUCUAUGAGCAGGCCUUCAGGGAGCACUGGGAGCGCAGCUGGAUCAGCCAGCACUGCAAGAGCCUGGCCAUCCCCUGCCCGCUCCAGUACACGCCGCGCAUGACCCCCGACUUCACUGUCUACAUGAUCAAGUAUCUCAUGACUCUCAUUGUGGGCAUCACCUCUGGGUUCUGGAUCUGGUCGGGCAAAACCCUGCACUCCUGGCGGAAGUUUUACACCCGGCUAACUAACAGCAAGCAUGGGGAGACCACAGUGUGAGCAGGGCUAGGGGGACUGGCGCACUCGCCCAGGAGAGAAGCUAGAGGAAAGGAUGGGCAGGGGGAAGAGAGCUGGGGCAGAAGAAAAAAUAUUUAAAACUCUUUUUUUAAUUAAAAUCUAAACAACCUUUGUUUUAGGUUUAUUAACAUCUAAGGGUGUCUUUUGUAAUUAAACCUGUAAAUAGCAUUUGUAAAUUUAAUUAUAUAUUUCUAUUUAAAAAAAAAAUCCACACACACACAAAGAGAUCCAGAAACUUUGGGGGAGGGCAAGGCAGAUCUCUUCCCCUCUCCUCUCUUUGGUACUAAAGGUUUUUUUUUUUCUCCUUACUCUGACUUGGCAAUACCUCCCUCUACAUGGAGCCAUAGAGACUGAUUUUCUGUUUGUGUUGGCUGUGGGGGAACAUUUUCAGUUGAACUUCCAUAAAAGCCAGAUCUGUAAUCGCUGUUCCCCUGAUGUGGAGAUUAUGGAAGCUGUUCUGUAUUAAAGGCAGACUUGGAUACAUCUUAAAAAAA